AUGCUGCUGGAAAGCGAGUCAUUAUACUUGGAGGAAGAGAUACAGCCAUGGAUUGUAUUGGCACCAGGCGCUAAAUCCGUCCGAGCUCUUGAAAUCCUUCCGAAGCCUGCUGCUACGCGAAAACCUGAGAAUCCGUGGCUGGAAUGGCCUGUGAUAUUCCGUAUUGACUACGGACACGAAGAAGUUCGAUCAAAGACUGGUCAGGACCCUAGAAUGUACUCGGUUUCAACUAAGGGUGCAUGGAAGCUGAUCGAAAAAGCUGAUAAUUUGCAAGUCAUUGAAUGCGAUUUAUGCACCUUUGCAAUGGGAUUCGUUGGUCCAGAAAAGGUACAUGCAACGGAGGCUGGCACAACAACCGUCAUUGAACAGCAUGGUCUGAAAAUGGAUCCAAGAUCCAACAUUCUUACUCCCAAAGAAAAGUACAACUCAGAAGUGGCGAAGGUAACAGUUGUAACCGGACCUAAUUCUGUCUAUCAGUGGCUCAUUUAUGUUGUAUGUGUUUGGGGCAGACGAGGUCAGUCACUAGUUGUGUGGGCAAUCCAUAAAGGAAGACAAGCUGCCCGACAGGUUAGAAUCUUGCUAGUACAGUGCAUCUCAAGAGCGUAA